GAAUUCAGGUGACUUCCUACUAUUGUUAUUGCUUGCGGUGGUAAGGUAUUCGGUUUCAUAAUGUACAGGCGGUAAUUCAAGUCUCAGAGGCAUAACCAAAUACUGUAAUGUGGUCGAGCUCUCUACGUUUUCUGUUCGUUCUUCUGACAACACAAACAACAUAUGGAAAAGAGGACGUAUCAUAUAGACCCAGUAACCCUACUACUACUACGGAUGAGCCAAUUUCUGUUUUGAUAAUCGGAGCUGGGGCGUCGGGAUUAAAAGCAGCUCAGACUCUUGUGGACAACGGGGUUGAGGAUUUCUUGAUCCUUGAAGCUGCGAAUUACAUUGGAGGACGGGUACAUGAUGUUGAGUUUGGAGGGAUACGUGUAGAAAGAGGUGCGAACUGGGCCCAGCCAGUUGGUGGAAGUGUGCAGAAGAUGGUAUGGAAGCUAGGCAUGAAAACUCACCAAAGUAACUGGUUUUCUAUGGUUGUUUACAACAGCACAGGUCACAAUGUUACGGCAGAAGCUCUUCCUGUGUGGAAUCAGACUGUAGAAAAAAUGUACAGUGCCAUGUCUAUAGCCGAUGAUUUAAAUGCGUUACAUGAUCCGGACAUGUCAGUGAGAGAUGGACUUCGAUCCGUACGGUGGCAUCCCAAGACAGAUAUUCAACAAACAAUCGAAUGGGCUACGCUUGACUUCGAAAACGGAGACGCACCGGAGUUUGCAUCGUUGAAGUCCAAUGCCUUGGUGAAAGAUGAAUUCAACAAACGUGUCCCCGAUGACAAGAAGCCAACGUUAAUUAUCGAUCAGCGUGGAUACAAAUACAUUUUUAAUGCCACAAUGCCAUUUUUAAGCGAUGAGAAAUUGAGGAAGAACAUUAUCUUGAACAAGAAAGUGGCAACCAUUGACCAAUCGUCUGGUGAUGUCGUCGUGGUUACUUGUGACAACGGCGAGAUUUUCAAAGCGUCACGAGUCCUGGUUACUGUCAGUUGCGCCAUACUCCAAAACAAUGGAAUUGAAUUUAUACCAGAUCUUCCUGAUUGGAAAAUCAGAACUAUUAACCGAUUUCGCAUGGCGUCUUACAGUAAAAUAUACCUUAAAUUUCCUAUAAAUUUCUGGGGAGACCGUGAAAUAUUAUUACGUCCCAGCAACCACAGGGGACGGUAUCCUAUAUUUACAAAUUUAGAAGCAAAGGGUUUGUUUCCAGUCGGAACAAAUAUUUUAAUGGCAGAACUUACUGGUGCAGAGUCUCUACGAGUUGAAGCUCUGGCAGAUGAAGCCAUAAAAGCCGAAAUCGAAACUGUGCUACGUGAAAUAUUUGGCGAGGAUACACCAAACGCAACGGAUAUAUUCGUAUCUGGUUGGUCGCGAAACCCCCUGACUUUAGGAGCAUAUUCUAUUUGGCCACCCGAAAUGGAGCAGGAAUGCUUCGUAAAGAUGCAAUCACGGGUAAAUAAUGUCUUUUUUGCCGGAGAAUAUACCAGUGAAGAUAAUGGUUUUGUUCAAGGUGCCCUCGAAAGUGGAGAAAGAGAAGGGAUUAAGAUCGCCUUGUGUCGGAAUAGAAGCUCAUGUCCGCAUUGGCCUGCCAAUCAAUCUUGUUUUUGUGGCCCGCUAAUCAAUCUUGACUACAAUACCGCGACGAUGAUAGCCGUAAAAUACAAACUAUUAUUCAUUUCAUUAUUAUUAUUAUUUACAAUAAAUGUGUUUGAUACAAUAGGCCUACAUAUACUCUAGAUUUAAAUGUUUGUAUCUUAUGUACACCCCAUUGGCGGCGGGAUGUUUUUCAAAGUUGGGGGCGGGGGGCAUUUCAUAAGGUCCAGUAUACGAUCGAAGUGAGCAUCUACGCUGGGGGCCAGGGGGACGCCAAGCGCCCCCGAUAGGGGUAUUUGACGAAAUUUUGUGAAUUUUAUUAGUUUUUUUCAUAGGCAUCAAGCUAUACUGUAAUAUGACUUAAUUUCCAGUGGCGCAUCCAGGAAACCAAAAUACAGGUGGCCCGAGAGGUACUUUCACAGAUGGAGGAUCUAUACCAUCCCAGCCACGAUAGUUCUGAAAAGAAUUGUUUUAAACUACUGUGUUUUUUUUAUGUGUACAUGUUACGUCUCAGAGGAUCGUCUUUGGAGUUCCUUUCACUAUAGAAUUUUCUCAAUAUUUGUUGAAAUAUUGUUAGAAAAAAGCUUUGUAUGUUUUUAUGGUCAUAAGGCUGAACCAUUCAAUUAAUGAAGGGCGUGUGAGGAGUUGGGAAGGAGAGGUAGGUUCUAGCCUAACAAAUUUACAAUAAAGAGUAAAGCAUUAAGGCAA